AUGAAAGAGCACGCCGAAAACCUGGCGCAAGCCUGUGACUUGACUUGGGCUCGCUACGAGACAAUGAGCUCAUCCGAAAGGCUGUCUGAUGCCGAAAGACGGGUUCAGAAAACUGCAAGAAAAUGCCACACUUCUGCUCAAGCACUCCUGGAAGAACUACGCUAUGUGACAGACAAGCAAAAAUUUAACGACUGCAUGGGAGCCGUCGCUUAUGUGGUCAAAUCCAAGUUGCACCGCAAGAAGAUCGAACGGAUAGAGGCGGGGUCCAAAAACGACCAGCAGGAGUUGCAGACAAUUCUGCAAUCUGAGAUUUUCCACUGGCGCUGUUCUAUGCCAGCGGCUGCACGAUUCCCGGAUCCUGGACAGCCCUUUUUGUAG